AUGUUGCCUCUCCUGGUUUCGAUCAUUUCCCUUGCCCUCUCUGUCAUCCCUAUCCACGCAUCGCAGCUUGGCUUAGUACAAGUGGAAUAUGCGAGAGCGCCGCCAUCUCAAUGGACGCGUUCUCGCCCCGCGGAUCCCGACCAUCUGUUCAGUCUCUCUAUUGCUCUCGACAAGAGCCGCCAGGUAGAGGAGGCGCUCUACAGCGUAUCGACGCCUGGUCACGAACUUUACGGCAAGCACCUGUCACAAUUUGAGGCACAGUCACUGCUCAACCCAGACAGCGAAGCCCUUGACGCCGUAGUGAGCUGGCUUGUCGAACACGGAAACGCAGAUGCGGCAGCCAUCAACAUCGAUGGCCACUGGAUCCGGCUUAAGACGACGGUGAGGGAUGCCAACAUGCUUCUUGACGCUGACUUUGCAUGGUUCCAGCAUGCGGGCAGCGGCAAAGAGGUUUUGAGAACGUUGAAGUACUCACUGCCGCUGGAUCUGAAACGCAGCAUCUCGUUGAUAACCCCCACAACGAGGUUCUGUUCGCAUCCCAUGAUGCACCAAGCGCCUGCAUCUUCCGCUCCUCCGGAAGAGCAAAUCCCCGGCGGCGAGGAGCUUCGGAAACACAAGAGGUCGCUUGCAGGGUCGAGCCCAAAGCUUCUGUACACGCUGCAGGCGGACGCUGCGCCUCCACCACUGUCCCAGUCUGCCCAAGUCGAUCCCACGUGUAACAGAAGCGUCACGCCCAGCUGCAUCAGGGCGCUCUACAACGUCCCCGCAGGCUUGACGGCCAGCCCGGCUCGUGGCAUCGGGGUCUACGCCUCCCAGAACCAGGUCGCCAAGUUCGCCGAUUUCGCACUAUUCGCCAAGAAAGUUGACCCGCCAUCGACGGGUGUCAACUUUUCCUUUCUCAGCAUCAAUGGCGGGACAAUCGACCAGAACCAGAACAAGCUCUCCAACGCCGAGCUGAACUUUGACAUACAAUACACUGCUUCCUUGUCCAACCCGGUCCCCAACAUUGAGCUCUCUGUCGCGGGAGACGGACCGAUCAAGCUGGAGCUGGGAGGCCAGCCGGGAGACACGACGGAGCCCUGGCUCAUAUGGCUGGACGCCAUGCUCAAGCUACCGGACGACCAGCUCCCGCACACCAUCACGACGAGCUUCGGCGAGAACGAGCAGUCCCUGCCGGACGGGUACGUCCAGCAGGUCUGCAACCAGUUCGGUGCCCUCGGCGCUCGGGGUGUCACCAUGUUCGCAGCGUCGGGCGACUCCGGGCCGGGCAACACGUGCGUCACGAACGACGGCACAAAGAGCACGCGAUUCAACGCCGUGUUCCCGGCGUCGUGCCCUUUCGUCACGGGCGUCGGCGGUGUUCGGGGCGUGGCGCCGGAGCGCGCGAGCGACUUCUCGAGCGGCGGCUUCUCGGACAAGUUCGCCCGGCCGGCGUACCAAGAGCAGGCCGUCCCGGCGUACCUCAAGAACGCCAUCGGCGGCCGGUUCGAGGGCCUGUUCAACACGUCGGGUCGCGGGUUCCCGGACGUCAGCGCGCAGAGCUUCAACCUCACGUUCGUCAACGAGGGCCAGCUGUCCGGGUUCCAGGGGACGAGCGCCGCGGCGCCUAUCUGGGCGGGCAUGGUCGGCUCCGUCAACGCGGCGCUCAUCCAGGCCGGGAAGCCGCCGAUGGGGUUCAUCAACCCGUGGCUGUACGGCGCCGGGCUGCAGGCCCUCAACGACGUGGCGGCCGGUCAGUCUGUGGGAUGUACCGGGACGACCGGGUUCGGGACGAAGAAGUUCCCGCCCGAGUUCGAGGCCAAGAUCGUGCCCGACGCGAGCUGGCCGUCUGUUGCGGGAUGGGACGCCGUUUCAGGACUCGGCACGCCUGAUAUCGGCAAGAUGCUGGCGCUAAGGAUGGCCAUGUGA